GCGAGCGGCUGCGGCGACGGCGGCGGCCGGCGGGUCGGGGAGCGGUGCACGCGUCAGCAGCUGCGGGCGACGCAAGUUCCGGACCGGGUUCAGCGUCCUCGCCUCACGCCCCCCUCUGUCCUCGCCUGACAGCGGCUCCUCUGCCCGGCCCGAGCUUUCGGAGGGCGUCCCUUCGUCGCCUCAGCGGCGGCACCGUUCUCUCGUGAAGCACUCCCCCCAGCUCCAUGAAUGGAAAUCGGCUCCGCAGGACCCACUGGGGCCCAGCCCCUACUCAUAGUGCCCAGAAGACCUGGAUAUGGCACUAUGGGCAAACCCAUUAAACUGCUGGCUAACUGUUUUCAAGUUGAAAUCCCAAAGAUUGAUGUCUACCUCUAUGAGGUAGAUAUUAAACCAGACAAGUGUCCUAGGAGAGUGAACAGGGAAGUAGUUGACUCAAUGGUUCAGCAUUUUAAAGUGACUAUAUUUGGAGACCGUAGACCAGUCUAUGAUGGGAAAAGAAGCCUUUACACAGCCAAUCCACUUCCUGUGGCAACUACUGGGGUAAGAUAUGUUUCUUUAUUAUGUACAUUACCUGGGGAAGGUGGAAAAGAUCGACCUUUCAAGGUGUCAGAAUUUGUAUCCCGGGUGAGUUGGCAUCUGCUACAUGAAGUGCUGACGGGACGGACUUUGCCUGAGGCCACUGGAAUUAGACAAGCAAUCAGCACUAACCCGGUCCAUGCCGUUGACGUGUUGCUACUACAUCUGCCCUCCAUGAAAUAUACGCCUGUGGGGCGUUCCUUUUUCUCAGCUCCAGAAGGAUAUGACCACCCUCUGGGGGGCAGGGAAGUAUGGUUUGGAUUCCUCAAUCUGUUCGGACCUGCCAUGUGGAAAAUGAUGCUAAAUAUUGAUGUUUCUGCCACUGCCUUCUACAAAGCACAACCUGUAAUUCAGUUUAUGUGUGAAGUUCUUGACAUUCAUAACAUUGAUGAGCAACCCAGACCUCUGACUGAUUCUCAUCGGGUCAAAUUCACUAAGGAGAUAAAAGGUCUGAAGGUUGAAGUGACUCAUUGUGGAACAAUGAGACGGAAAUACCGUGUUUGUAAUGUAACAAGAAGGCCCGCCAGCCAUCAAACCUUUCCUUUGCAGUUAGAAAACGGCCAGACUGUGGAGAGAACCGUAGCUCAGUAUUUCAGAGAAAAGUACGCUCUUCAACUGAAGUACCCCCACCUUCCCUGUCUGCAAGUGGGGCAGGAGCAGAAGCAUACGUACCUGCCGCUAGAAGUCUGUAAUAUUGUGGCUGGGCAACGCUGUAUCAAGAAACUAACCGACAAUCAGACUUCUACUAUGAUUAAGGCAACAGCAAGAUCUGCACCAGAUAGACAAGAGGAAAUUAGCAGAUUGGUAAGAAGUGCAAAUUAUGAAACAGAUCCAUUCGUUCAGGAGUUCCAAUUUAAAGUCCGGGAUGAAAUGGCCCACGUAACCGGACGUGUACUUCCGGCACCUAUGCUCCAGUAUGGAGGACGGAACCGGACAGUGGCAACACCGAGCCACGGCGUGUGGGACAUGCGAGGAAAACAGUUCCAUACAGGAGUUGAAAUCAAAAUGUGGGCCAUAGCUUGUUUUGCCACACAGAGGCAGUGCAGAGAGGAGAUCCUGAAAGGUUUCACGGACCAGCUGCGGAAGAUUUCCAAGGAUGCAGGGAUGCCCAUCCAGGGUCAGCCUUGCUUCUGCAAAUACGCGCAGGGAGCAGACAGCGUGGAGCCCAUGUUCCGGCAUCUCAAGAACACCUACUCAGGACUGCAGCUCAUUAUCGUCAUCCUGCCCGGGAAGACGCCAGUGUAUGCGGAGGUGAAACGCGUAGGAGAUACACUUUUGGGGAUGGCCACACAGUGUGUGCAAGUCAAGAAUGUAAUAAAAACAUCUCCUCAAACUCUCUCAAACUUGUGCCUAAAAAUCAAUGUUAAACUUGGAGGAAUCAAUAACAUUCUUGUACCUCAUCAAAGACCUUCUGUGUUCCAGCAACCAGUGAUCUUCCUGGGCGCAGACGUCACUCACCCGCCUGCUGGGGAUGGAAAGAAGCCCUCCAUUGCUGCUGUUGUAGGUAGCAUGGAUGCCCAUCCAAGCAGAUACUGUGCCACAGUAAGAGUUCAGAGACCUCGGCAGGAGAUCAUCCAGGACUUGGCCUCCAUGGUCCGGGAACUGCUCAUCCAGUUUUAUAAGUCAACCCGAUUCAAACCCACUCGCAUUAUCUUUUAUCGGGAUGGUGUUUCAGAAGGGCAGUUUAGACAGGUAUUAUACUAUGAGCUACUAGCAAUUCGAGAAGCCUGUAUCAGUUUGGAGAAAGACUAUCAACCUGGAAUAACCUACAUUGUAGUUCAGAAGAGACAUCACACACGAUUGUUUUGUGCGGACAGAACAGAAAGGGUUGGGAGAAGUGGCAACAUCCCAGCUGGAACCACGGUUGACACUGACAUCACGCACCCAUAUGAAUUUGACUUCUAUCUCUGUAGCCAUGCUGGGAUACAGGGAACCAGCCGCCCUUCACACUAUCACGUCUUGUGGGAUGACAACUGCUUCACCGCAGAUGAACUCCAGCUGCUGACGUACCAGCUCUGUCACACCUACGUGCGCUGCACAAGAUCCGUUUCUAUCCCUGCACCAGCGUACUAUGCUCACCUGGUGGCAUUCAGAGCCAGAUACCAUCUUGUGGACAAGGAGCAUGACAGUGCUGAAGGAAGCCACGUUUCAGGACAGAGCAAUGGGCGAGAUCCACAGGCUCUUGCCAAGGCUGUGCAGAUUCACCAAGAUACCUUACGCACAAUGUACUUCGCUUAACAAGUCCGAGAGUAUUCUCUGAGAGGAAGAGCUGAAAGAUGAGUCAACAUACAAUGUAUGUUUCAGUGGAGUCCAUUCGCUGGGGAUGCUCCAGCCAUACAGAGGCCAACACUAUGUAGGGGUCUGGUCCUUUUGCUGAUCCAAGGAAAAUUGUUUACUUAGUCAAGGAACACAGCACCAUUAUGCACUAGGAAACCAGCCAGCUGCUUUUCGGCAGUCUCCUGUAGGAAGCAUCGCGGUUGUUUAUUUCCACUUCUUACGAUCUAACCCUUUUAAUGCCUUUACCUCAGAUUGCUUGGCAGCACAACUAUCUUUGCAAAAAAGUAAAGUGAAUGGCGGUUUAAGAACACACAGCCACACAAGCAAUGACUGUUCAGUUACAUGUGCAGAAAAAGGAAUGUGCAUUCAUCUAUUCUUGUAAAGGAGUCUGUGUUUUAAAUACACACAUGUGUACUUCAUGUGCAUAUAUAUCUAUAUCUAGACAUUGAUAUAUAUGUAUCUGUGUCUAUAUUUUAUAGUUCAUUCCACUGGGGAGCUUUCUUUUCCUCGUAUCCCUCCGUAUGCCACUGUCAUUUCUUUCACUACCUACUUGCCUUCAGCAUCUACACCUUUGUCCCUGCCGCUACAAAUAACGCUCAUGUUCAUAUUUAUAAUCCAUUUGAAGUAAAGCAUGGCAAACUAGAUUUCUGUUUUUGUUUUACGUACCCUACUCCUAACUCCUAGCUCUUACACGAUUCUAAAUCCUCGGCUCCUGAGGCCAUAUUUGCCUUUGUCUGCUUCUUCUUGCCCUGGACUUAACCUUUGCCGUGUGUGCACUGUGUCUAGAAGCGGGGCCAUCCGAGUAUUCCUUUCUGCAGUGAGUGUGUUAAAGCUGCUAUAAAUACGAACCCUUGUCAGGAGUCUUUCUGAUCAGGGACAAAUGUUCUAAAGCCUCUGUUUGUGUGAGUUAUACCUGGAAAUCCCUCAAAGCUUUUAUAAAUGGGAAAUAUUUUAAAAAUCUGAAACUCUAUAGGAUGGAAAGAGGAAAGGAAUUAGGGUUUUUGUUUUAUGCUAGUUUACUCACUACCCUCAUACCUUAAUGUGAUUUUCAUAUAUACAUUUUAUAUGUGUGUAUGUGUGUAGAUAAACAUACAUGUAUGUUGAAGUAUAGCUCCUUUUGCUUUUAUACUCAUUAGAAUAGUGCUUUAAUAAUUAUAAACUGCAUUGGCUACACCUUUUAUAGAAAUGUAACCAUGUUUAAUAAUAGACUAGUUUUUCUCUCUUUUAGUGCAAUAAGCAGUUUUAAAGGAAAGUUGUGUCUGUCGUCUUCACCACGGACAACAGGAACAGGCACCUCUGUCAUUUAAAGGGGGCAAAGUAAUACAGCCUUAAUUUCAGAAGGAGAGCUUCAUAAUUUUCAGUUUUAAAGCACGUCCAGGAAGUAAAACGACUAAAUGAGGCUCACCUGAGAGAUGGGAAUCACAGUUGCACUUCAGCUUUAAAGAAUAGCAGUGAUGGCCAGGCAGCGGUGGAGCACACCUUUAACCCCAGCACUCGGGAGACAGCCUGGUCUCCAGAGCAAAUUCCAAGACAGC